AUGUCCCCAAAGCCACCAAUUGUGUCAAUUGUGGCAUGCUUGAUGCCCGAAAUGGGAAUCGGGUUUCAAGGUAAAUUGCCGUGGAGACUUAAGCAGGAAAUGACAUAUUUCAGACAGGUAACCACAGGUACUUUUACCGAGGGAAAACAAAAUGCGGUAAUCAUGGGUCGUAAAACAUGGGAGUCAAUUCCUCCAAAAUAUAGGCCCCUUCCUGGCCGUGUCAAUGUCGUUGUUUCGCGGCAACAUCCAGCAGAAUUGGCACUUGAUACUUCUAGCUCUAACCCAGCGAAUAAAAGUUCCAUAUGGCUAAGCAACUCGCUUACCAAAUGCCUAGAAUUACUACCACAGCAAAUGCCGAACUUGGAGCGCAUAUACGUGAUCGGCGGCGGUGAAAUUUACGCUCAGAGCAGCAAUUGGUGUGACUAUAUGUUAGUGACAGAAAUCCAACACGAGGACCCCGCCCAAAAGCCCACUAUGGACACAUUUCUUAACACUAGCACCAUUCAAGAUUUGUUUCAGCGUGAUGAUGGCCUCGGCAACUUUGUUCCACCGAACGUCACAUUGCCGGAAGAGCCGCAUAUAAGAGAAAAUGGGUAUUGUUACAAAUUUGCACUAUACAAGCGCCGCGGUGAACCCAAGUGA